AUGGCGUCGAGAUGCUCCGGCAGCCAUACCCUUUUUCUUCCGUUUCUGUAUCCCUCCUUGUUUCUCUCCAGGAGCGCCAAUGCCCCGCGCCUCGCCGCGAGAGCGUUUGCAGGUCGCCGCCAUAGCUCGACCCACGUCGCCCAAGAACCACCCGCGAGCCGACUCAACCCUGCGCCAGAUGACUAUGCCGCACCAAACUUCGCCGACAAAGCCAGCUUGACGUUGUACGCAGGUCCCGGUGGUCACGGCUGUAUAUCGUUCAUGCGCGAUGCAUAUCUUCCCGACGGCCCCCCGAAUGGUGGCGAUGGAGGUCACGGAGGCAACAUCUACAUCCAAGCCGUGCACGGCGAAACCUCCCUACAUAAGCUAGCAAGGAAGCGCUUCGUCCGCGCUGGGAGAGGAAAGCAUGGUCAGGGCAGCGCAAAGGGUGGGCAGCGAGGUGAAGAUGUCAUCAUCACCGUACCCGUCGGCACAGUUCUCCGAGAGCUCAGCAGAGAAGAUCCCGUCGCCGAAGAUACCAUGAUGCAACGCGCUUUAAGGGCACAGAGGAAGGCUAUGAAGCGGGCGAAACGGGAGCGUGAGGAGGAGCUUGCGCGGCAAAAACUGGAAAGGACGGAAGAGGAGGAAGAAUGGCUAGAGGAGGAACGCAAGGCCAAGAAGCCUGAACCCGAGGAAGAAGAACCUGAAGAUCCGGAGCGUCAUAAGUGGCUUCUAUACCCAGGGCUGUCAAAGUCCGACCUGAAGUCGAUAUCCUUACCAAGACCGCCCCGCCGCACACGCCUCUACCAUCAGCCUCCUGGUCCGAUCCAGCUCGACUUGUCGCGCCCAACACCACAACCUAUUCUGCUUGCUACUGGUGGUAUCGGCGGUCUUGGCAACCCGCACUUUGUAUCGCGCGAGUACCCUCGUCCUAUCUUUGCAACCAAGGGCGAGCGCUCAGUGACGAUGCAGAUCGAGCUUGAGCUGAAGCUGCUCGCCGACGUUGGCCUUGUAGGUCUGCCCAAUGCUGGAAAGAGCACACUUCUCCGGGCACUCACCAACUCGCGCACCCGCGUCGGCAAUUGGGCUUUCACAACGCUGCAGCCGAAUAUUGGAACUGUUGUGUUGGAUAACUACAAGGGUCGUCCGUUUAUCAAGAGCUAUAAGCGUUACCCGAACGCUGUCACUUCGCCUGGUGGCCCUGAGGAUGAAGUCCGCGUUGAGCAGCGAACCCGCUUCACAGUUGCUGACAUCCCGGGUCUUAUCGAGGGCGCCCAUUUGGACCGUGGACUCGGCAUGGAAUUCUUGCGUCAUGUCGAGCGCGCUGGCGUGCUCGCCUUCGUCGUCGACCUGUCCGCAGGUCCCGCUGUAGCGGCGCUCAACUCGUUGUGGAGGGAAGUGGGCCUCUAUGCCCAGAUGCGCGAGGAAGAGGAGCGGGACCGGGAAGUCGAUUCUCGCAUCGAUUGGGAUCUGGCUUCAGAGACAAAACAGCAACGACCCAUUGAGAACAAUAUGAUGGUUGCCGACGCACCCGAGGCGCCCAAGGAGGAGUCGGGCCUGCACAUCACCGCGAAGCCUUGGUUCGUCGUUGCCACCAAGGCUGAUUUGCCCGAGACCCAGGAGAAUUUCAAGGAGCUCAAGGAGUACCUCGAGAAAAUCAACCAGGGCACCGUACCCCAUCCAAGUGGCGUUGAAGGUGCCUGGGUCAAGGACUGUGCCGUCAUUCCUGUUAGCGCCAUCCAUGGCCAGGGAGUUGACCGAAUUGUUCACUGGACGGUGGGACUUCUCGACGAGUAA